AUGGUUCAACUCGCUGUGGCUUACUGCCUAACAAUAAUUAUGCUAAUGUUUGCGUGUACAAACGCGCAGACGACGACGACCAGUUGUUCUUGUGGUACGCCGAUAGCAGAAUGUGAAGCUCUCAAAAUAACCAUUGCUGCUCUACGUCUUGCUACACAAGCGUUGAAGACGAGCGUAGAAGAAGCUAACAAGAUCAUCAUUGAAGCUACUAAAGAUGAUCCUGAAGCAGCCGCCGCUGCUCAACAGGCCGCAGAAACAACGAUUCAAGUAGCAAAAGCUGCCACGUACGCACGACGUGUUGCGGCCAAUUCCGCUAAAGUUGCUUGCAAAGCAGCCACAUGUUGUGAUUCUUGUUGUGAUUCAUCGAACGAGAAUCUCGAUGAUAUUUAUAAUCCCGAUGCUCCUCUCUUCACCACUGUUUCACCGGGCGGGGGCGGUGCUGCUACUACUGCUUCAACGACGUACAUCAGAGCUACUCCAACAGGAUGUCAGGGCAAAUAG